UUCUUGUGUACAGUGAGAAACAAACCAAACGAAGACUUGAGCCCUUUGCCUUAAACAUCAGUAAGCCAUAUAAUAAAUGUUCGAUAUAUGAAGACUGCUUUUGUUAAAUAUUAAGAAUUGUUGAAGGAUUAAAACUACAGUUAUUUCCCUUUUAUUGAAAUGAUAAGCAUUGUGAACAGGUAAUAUCAGAAAUACAUUAUUUGGGAAUAGGAAAUCUACAAGACUUUAUACAAUUAGGCAGCUGGGUCAAUGCUGACGGUCUGCACUUUUUCCGUUAACGGCAAAAGAAACUAACUUCUGAGACGCUGGCGCAAGAACACAUCGGAGACUCCCCUGUGCACCUGUUACAAAACUAACAUGGAAAAUUCGACUGAACUGGUGUUUGUUCUACAAGGACUGAAUGACACGAAGUCAAACAAACGCACAUACUUUGUCGUCACUCUUCUCGUUUACCUUUUUACUAUUUGCGUGAACCUGACCUUGAUUGUCACAAUUCUUUUAGAUAGAAUGCUCCAUGAGCCCAUGUUUAUAUUCCUGUGCAACUUGUGUGUAAAUGGCAUAUUUGGUGCCUCUACAUUUUAUCCUAAGAUGUUGGUGGACCUUUCAUCUGACGUUAGUGUUACUCCAUAUAAAGCUUGCCUCACUCAAAUGUUUGUAAUAUACACCUAUGUAUUCUGCGAAAUCACUACGCUAACAAUGAUGGCUUAUGACAGGUAUGUCGCGAUUUGCAAGCCGCUCAAUUACCACUCCAUCAUCACGCCUCGGAAGGUGGUGAAAUUGUUGAUUUUUACCUGGCUGUUUUCCAUCUCUGAAACUGUUAUUGUGGUAGUCCUGACUGCCAGACUACCACUUUGUGGAUUCACGAUGGAAAAGCUUUACUGCUCGAACUGGGCAAUAGUAAAGCUGUCAUGUGUGGAUACGACUAUCAACAACGUAUACGGGUCCAUUCUCAUGGUUUUGCACAGUUUACAAGCUGUGGUGAUCGUGGUGUCUUAUGUUAAUAUCAUCAAAGCAUCUGUGCGAUCGCAGGAAGAUCGGAGUAAGUUCAUGCAGACCUGUUUGCCUCAUUUAAUCUCUUUGAUCAAUUUCUCAGUCGCAGCUGUUUUUGACGUCAUGUAUGCUCGCUAUGGUUCCAGCAGCAGUGUGCAGGCACUGCGCAAUUUCAUGUCCCUGGAGUUCCUCGUCGUUCCACCGAUCCUAAAUCCCCUCAUCUAUGGCCUGAAAAUGAACCAAAUCCGCCGGAGAAUCUUUAGAAUUUGCAGCCGGAAAACAGAUGCUCUUAAGUGAAUGCCGUUUUCACAUCCUUCUCCAUGUUGAAAAACAUUGAUGUUUAUGUGUUGAUUAGGUGCGAAUUUUAUAUUUCGUGCUCAGCAUUUUGAUUUUGCGCAGAAAAGUCCAUCUAAAAGUUUGGAGUGGGAUUAUUUGAAAAUUAUGCAGUAAUUGCAUUGUCCAUAUCAGGACAUUGAAGUGACAAUUUUGAGGCAAAAUGCAUUCGUGGUGAAAAAGUAAAGCAUAUGUGGCCAUCACGAUUUCCUGAUUUGAAGGGCACUCCUCCUUGUUGACUCAACUAGCCCCUAUUAUUCUAUAAUCACCCUACGUCAUUGGCAAUGCAAGGGGGGUCUGUUCCAAAAAUUAGCAGUAUUGAUGGGUAAGGUAGGCUAUAUAAGCAGUUGGGAUGAUAACUCAGUAGGCUAAGCCAGUUUUCGUUUUUCAAGUGGUUCAGCCGGGCUUCUCUAGUUGCUAGUUAUGCAAGCGAAUUUUAUGCCUCUUGGCUCUAGAGAACUAAUUAAUAUUUCUGGUGUGGUAAUGGUCGCGCAGCCCUUGUUCGAAGAGUUUAAAUUGUAGGAUUUCGUAGGCUACUUAUUUUUAAAUUGUACACACGACCCCUGUUCACUAUUCAUUUUGCUGUAGGCUAUUAUCAGUCAUCUUCAUCUAAUUGGUUUGAUAUGUUGUUGGCAUUAAUUAUUGUAUUUAAACCUAUCAGAAAAAAAAUCUGCAUUGCUAGCUAGCUAUCUUUCUAUUGGGAUAGUGUCAAGAGUUGGGAAUGGUGUUCUUCGGCUUGCAAGCCUCACCCUUUUUCUUCCAAAGAUAACAAUGGUCAUUAUGGCCAAACACUUCAAUUUUUG